AUGGCGACCCUGUGUAAGGGUAACGCGGGACGUCGCUUCUCGGCGUUCCCCGCCAGGGUGCCUGAGGCGGAAAGGGGAACGCCGGGCGCCUUCCCGGAGGCGGGGUCCGCGGCGGGACGUCGCGGGCGCGAGGCCGCAGGGGAGGACGCCGGCGUGCCGGCCCGGGAGCCCCCCGCGCGGACCCGGCCGCCGCCGCCCCCUGCCGCCCGCCCCGCGCCCGUCCCCGCUGCGCCCAGGCUGCGCUCGCCCGCCGAGGCCGAGGGCCGCGGCCCCGAGGGCCUGCUGCGGCGAUCGGGGUCGGGCUAUGAGGGCAGCACCAGCUGGAAGGCGGCCUUGGAGGACACCACCACACGUCUCCUGCUGGGGGCCAUCGCGGUCCUUCUGUUCGCCAUCCUGGUGGUGAUGAGCAUCUUGGCUUCCAAGGGCUGUAUCAAGUGCGAGGCGCCCUGCCCGGAGGACUGGCUGCUCUACGGAAGGAAAUGCUACUUCUUUUCUGAGGAGCCGAGGGACUGGAACACGGGCAGACAGUAUUGCCAUACUCACGAGGCCGCGCUGGCCGUGAUCCAGAGCCAGAAGGAGCUGGAGUUUAUGUUCAAGUUCACACGGAGGGAGCCCUGGAUUGGUCUGCGCAGAGUUGGGGACGAAUUCCACUGGGUCAACGGGGACCCAUUUGACCCGGACACAUUCCCCAUCUCAGGCCUGGGAGAGUGUGUCUUCGUGGAGCCCACCAGGCUGGUGUCAACGGAGUGUCUGAUGACCCGGCCCUGGGUGUGCAGCAAGAUGGCCUACACAUGA